GUCCUAAUUGAAUAGGAGAACUGAUCUUGGAUCAUUUUGCUUUACAGCUCAUGAUGCUUAGGCUUAGCAUAGAGCCAGGGAAGACCUGAUCCUAGAUCAGAAAUUAAUCACCCUUGCUCUGUCAUGCUUUAUGAAUUUUGGACCUGAUCUUGUUUUGCUUAAAUCGCCUUCGGUAGACGUGUACAGCUGAACUCUGACCUCACAAGGGACUGGGUGUUCAGUUUUGCCAUCUAAAAAAGCCCUUUUUGGGUUAAUAUCUCUGGGAGAUGUUCCGGUUGAGUUGAAAGGCUUUGUGGACUAGUUCAUUCUGGACUUUGGACACCUCCAUAAUUGGCUCGUCACGGGUUAUUUAUGUAUUUGAGUUUUGUCACAGGUUAAUUUUAGAAGAGGUGAGGAGUAUUUUUUCAGCAGUACAGGUUAUUUACUCUAUUAGAGCUGCUUGCUCUUCAAGUUCCUGGUGCAGUGACUCCUUUGUCCUCACCUCCCUCUGUAAAUUUCGGGAAUUAUGUUUUCAUCUGCAUUCCAACAACGUAUGACGAGUUUGCGUACUAAUGUAGGUUCUUUUCUUCUUUCUUUCUUUUUUGUUAUGAUGCAUUUACUGUCGCCUUUGCUUUGGCUUUUCUCAGCUUGAUUUAAGGUUUUUGGUUAGUAACCUUAAAGUAAACUUCAAAGUAAAAAGUAGUGCAUUUUUCACUUUAGAAUAUCAUUUAAUUGCAAUGUACUGCUAUUAGCAUUUUCUAAGCUGUCAUCCACAGUCCUUGUGGCUAUCCAUGGUCCUUUUACCCUUGGGUUGCAUUGUAAAUUGAGACGGCGCAAGAGCAACAGGAGGUACUUUUAAAUGCAAAUCCCGGUGAAAAUAAGGAACUCAGCGUGUCCCAUCACCGGCACCUGUUGCCCGUGCGGAGCUGGGGCCUUGGUCAUUUAAAGCGUGGUUGGUGUUUGCAUGCGGCCCCGUUAGUGUGAUAGAACUGCUGGCUCCGGGCCUUUGACUGACGGCCGUGCCAGAGCGCAGCUCUGAAUGUGCCGACGUAUCCUUCCGCUUAGCGGGAGGAAUUUAGCUGUUUGUUUUUCGUUCCUAAUCGCUGUUCCAACUGUGUGGCCGAGUCCGCUGGAAAACGAGCUUGUAACACUACAGUUCCCAAGCUUUUUUGGCAGAUUCGUUAUUCAAAUGAACUGUCUAAAGGGCCAAUCCUCUUUUAUUCACCAUUACUGGCUCACCUGGAACAUGGCUCCUACAGAAAUAUGAUCUUUUAUCCUCAUCUGAGAUCACCCAACAGGGUGAACGCAACGUGCGAGAGGGGAAAUGACUCUUAAAUGGCGUGUGGCGCCAUGUUUCCUGGCGUGAGUUUUUGUGUGCGGUUUUCUGUGUGUGAGUGUGGGUGAGUGAGUAAGGGCAUGAGUGUGUGUGCAUGUGCAUACAUGUGAGUGUGAGAGGGGGUGUAAAAACAUGUGGAUCGCUGGUUUGAUUUUAAACGGGUGGGGGAGUGUAGAGUGACCUGGUAGACGGUGAUGUCAGCCACUCCAUUCAUGAAAAGCAUAAAUAAUUGAGAAGCUGGCAGGCAGCUGCAGUGAGCAGGAGCUAUUAUGCAAAGUGACUGCCAGUUCUCUGCCUCGCUCCCCCUCUCGCUCUCUCCCUCUCUUUCUCCGAGUAUCUGUGCAUGAGGAGGCAGAGAGUGAGAGAGCGAUCGUGAACAGUGGAGAAGAAAGGCGAGUCACUGGCUUGGAUAAAGGCGCUGGAUUUAACGGAGACAGGGAGAGAGCAGAAAGAGGGAGAGAGCAGAAAGAGCGAGAGAGAGAGAGAGAGAGAGGGAAGAGAAGCGCGGACGGGGAAGCGUUUGGAGGGGAAGCCAUGAUCGGGGCUGCCGUCGGGGGGUCCACUCGGCUGUCGGCAUGCUCCGCUCCGUGAUGUUCCAGGAGGCAGCCUCCCUCCCUCCGCCUUCGUCCUCCUCCUCCUCUUCCUCCUCCUCCUCACCGCCACCACCUCACCGCUGGCUGAAUGAGUGAUGUGUCAGAGGGGCCCUUAGCGUCCACACGGUUCUCCAUGGCGACCAGCACUGCCAGUAACUCGAACCGGAGCACGCCCGCUUGCUCGCCCGUCCUUCGCAAACGCUCACGCUCGCCGACUCCCCAGAGCUUGGAGGGCGAGACCAUGGUGGAGAAGGGCUCAGACCACUCCUCUGACAAGUCCCCCUCGACCCCCGAGCAGGUGGUGCAGCGCAGCUACUCCGUGCAGUCUGCCCGAGGCAGCAGCAAGAACUCCAAGUCUCACAAGCGACUUUCCAAAUAUGACAGGCUAAACCUCAUAAAAAAAAGCCAGAGCUGGUACAACCAUGAAAGACAACAUCUCUUGAGAGUGUUGAGUCCCACAUAUAAGCAGCGCAAUGAGGACUUCAGGAAGCUCUUCAAACAGCUCCCUGACACGGAGCGGCUCAUCGUGGAUUACUCCUGUGCCUUGCAAAGGGACAUCCUCCUACAGGGGCGGCUCUACCUCUCCGAAAACUGGAUCUGUUUCUAUAGCAACAUCUUCAGAUGGGAAACGCUGCUGACAGUGAGGCUGAAGGAUGUCUGCUCGAUGACGAAAGAGAAGACCGCGCGCCUCAUCCCCAAUGCUGUUCAAGUUUGCACCGACACUGAGAAGCACUUUUUUACCUCGUUUGGGGCCCGGGACAGGACGUACAUGAUGAUGUUCAGGCUCUGGCAGAACGCACUGCUCGAAAAGCCGCUGUGCCCCAAAGAGCUGUGGCACUUUGUGCAUCAGUGCUACGGGAGCGAGCUGGGGCUGACCAGCGACGACGAGGACUACGUGCCUCCGGACGACGAUUUCAACACCAUGGGGUAUUGCGAGGAGAUCCCGCCAGAGGAGAUCGAGGUGAAUGACAGCUCGUCCAAGAGCAGCGCGGAGGCCAAGCCAGACGCCAGCCCGCUGCUGCCCAAGAAGUCUCUCACCACCAGCACGCUCACCUCCAUCAGCAGUAGUGAGACGGCCAUCUCUUUCGACCUGCCCCCAGAGGAGUACAUAGACUGCCUUCCGGAUGAUGACCUCCUAGCCCUCCCACUGGCUGAGGAGCAGAGCAGCGAGCUCAGCGUCCCCGUGCCCCUGCCCUCGCUGGACUUCAACGACAACGAAGACAUCCCCACCGAACUCAGCGACUCCUCUGAGACGCACGAUGAAGCAGGGGAGGUCCAGGCUUUCCAUGAAGACCUGAACGGUCGACAGUACAUCAACGAGAUAUACAAGUUCAGCGUGGACAAGCUAUACGGCAUCCUCUUCACAGAGUCUCAGUUCAUGAAUGACUUCAUGGAGCAGCGGAGGUUCUCAGACGUGGUGUAUCACCCUUGGAAGAAGCUGGAUGAGGGCAACCAGACUAGGGAAAUUAUGUACACCAUCUCCCUCUCUAAUCCGCUGGCCCCCAAGACCGCCGCUGUCACGGAAAUGCAGACGCUCUACAAAGCCAGCCAGGAGAGCGAGUGCUACAUCAUCGACGCUGAGGUCAUCACGCAUGAUGUGCCGUACCACGACUACUUCUACACGCUCAACCGCUACAUGCUGACACGGGUGGCCAAGAACAAGUGUCGCCUGAGGGUUUCCACCGAGCUUCGCUAUCGCAAGCAGCCCUGGGGGCUGGUCAAGGGCUUCAUCGAGAAGAACUUCUGGAGUGGCCUGGACGAAAACUUCCGCCAUCUUGAAAUUGAACUGUCUAAGAUGGAGGAGGGGCUGCUGAUGGAGCCCCUCAGGCAGUCACCGAAAGCCAAGGCGACGAAGACGUCGACGUUGCGGCGUAGGAAGCGGCCGUUGGUGCACCUCCGCGCCCAACACCUGGAGGAGGUGCUCAGCCCUGUCACCACGCCAACCGACGAUGAGGUCAUCCACCGCAUCAAACAUGUGGCAGGUUCCACUCAAACACGGCACGUCCCAGACCACGUCCCAGGUGGCUUUGCCCUCUACAGCGUGUCCAAGCUCCUGUUAAUCAUCAGCUUUGUUUUGGUGUUGCUGGUAUUCCUGAACAUGAUGCUGUUCUAUAAGCUGUGGAUGUUGGAGUACAGUGCCCAGAGCCUCACCACUUGGCAGGGCCUCCGACUUCACGAGAGUAAACUGCCGCAGACACAGCUGGAGUGGGCCCAGCUUCUGGAGUCGCAGCAGCGUUACCAUGACACUGAGCUGCAGAAGUGGCGGGAAAUCAUCAAAUCCUCAGUCCUGCUGCUGGACCAGAUGAAAGACUCUCUGUUGAACUUGCAGAAGGGCAUUGGCCUGAGGGACUACGGGUCAGAGGCCGAGGAGAAGAGGAGCCGUUACCACUGACGACCGGUCCCCAGGCUCGAAGGGGAAGCUGUGCAAUACACAACUGUACAUGUAUAGAUCUGCGUAGAGCUGGGGAGGUGGGCCCGGCGGGGCGGAGGAACCCACCGCUGCUGCUGCCGCCCGCUCCGGUGACCGGCUCUCGCUCCCGACCUCUGACAGGAAACGCCCCCGCCGCCAACAGGAAGCGGGUCGCCCCCGGGAACACGGGAAGAGGGCAGCAGCGCUCGCUUCGGGGUCGCUGCUCCUCCUUUUCGUUUUUUUAUUUGAUCUCUUUUCUAGCGUUGUACUGUAAAAGCUGCUAGCUAGCACACUCAGAGAUAGAGGAAGGAAAUGCACACUGUAGCUGUAAUUCUGUCCUAAACCUGUUUCUCGUGAGGAAUUUUAGCUCCACUCCUCUUGUGCAGUCGUCUGAGAGAUGAACAGAACAAAAGAGAAAUCAAGAUGAAGCAAAGGGUUUCUUUUAGCCCACACCCCCAUCCCCCCUGACCCCCCCGACCCCCUGACUUUCAGGACUCCCUUGACUGUUCCGAACUGACCUUCCCCCUCAAGGCUUAUACUGCAGUAUCCCUUUUUUACAUUUUCCAAAUGUGGGACCAGGUCAAUUACCUUAGUGGUAUUGGGGUAACUGAACAAUCUCUGUACGAUUAAGAUACCAAUGCACAAAAGAAAUCAUAAAUAUACAGAUACAUAUGGUAUAUACAUACAUAUUAUAUAUAUAUAUAUAUAUAUAUAUAUAUAUAUAUAGUAUAUAUACAUUAUUUGUCAAUGUAAUGUGAGUAUAUAGAUGGUAUCUAUCAGCUUUUUAUUUUUUAAUGGAUAAAAAUAAUUUUUACCAGGUUUCCACGAAGCAUCAGGGGCUGGUUUCCCUGACGGUGGCUUACCAGGGUGUUGUGUAUAUAGGUAUUUAUAAAAACACAGCUAAGAAUUCUUCUUAAAUGUCUGCAUAAUUAGCAAUUUCUUUCGUUUGGACCUCAAUCAAUCGUAUUAUGUUGGAUUUGUCAGGAAAUGUGCCGCAAGUGCAGAUGCACCUCACACAAAAAAACCAUGGGGCCUUACUGCCCCCCACUCUCCCCUUCUUUCUGCUCCUCCUGCCCCCACUCAAGUUACUGGGGUGUCCUUUCGGUCAUCUGUGACGAAUUGGACAUUCCCAAGGGCUCCAUGAAAACCACUGGCCAUUCCAUUAGCAUUAGCAUGUGUCACGCUAGCAUUCGCGUCAAUGGAACCUCUCAGUGAAAUGGUCUCACUCCCAUCUCACCGCCAGAACUUUGUAUCAUAACUUUGAAAGUUUCGGGGAAUCUUGCAUAACCCAAACCUUCAGAAUGCGAUAUAUUCUUUUCUGGGCUUUCCACUAUGUUCUUUAAAGGACAGUGCCACAGGGAUUCAUUCUCAAGAGCUGAUCUGUGGAGAGAGACAGUAUAAAGGAUGCAUCCUCCUAGGUGUUUUAUUUGCAGUGGUUCUACUAUUAUAACCAGGUUGUCUUGAGCCCUCACUAAUAUCUUUUAGAACAUUUUAAAUUAUGAGAUGGAAAAUCACAAGAAAUAUUUGCACAUAUAACAUAUAACAUAGGCACAACUGAGAAUCUACUGCAAGUAAAUGAGAGGAAAUUGAUGUUACGCACAGUAUUUAUUGGAAGAAGCAAGAGUGCAAGAGUUAUUGAAUGAAAUGCAUUCAUCAAAAAUAUUGAAUCACAGUAAUAUACCCCAAGUUUUGCCUUGCUACUUUUGCACUGAUGAAUGGGCUCAGGUUGAGUCCUGUAUUUCCAACUAAAACAAAUGUCCUCUUAGCUUGAGGUUCCUCAUGGCGCUGUUUUAGGUCCCCUUUAACCUUCCUGUUUCCAAAAGAUGAUCAUGUACCCUGCUCUUAUUGAGAAAAGGUUAAAAGUGCAUCUGUACUACAUCUGUAUGCUACGUACUGCAUCUGUACUACAUCUGUAUGCUGCAUACUGCAUCUGUACUUCAUCUGUAUACGUAUUUGUAUACUGCAUCUGUAUUAGUUUUCCAUACAUGGGAAGAAAAAGCAAAUUAAAGUAAAUUCACAUUCAUCAGAUUUGGCCAAGAGAAAUGUGAAAAAGUUCUGCUAUUGAGUUAUAGAGAGUGAAGACAGUGCAUCGGGCAGCGAACUUAUCAAUACCAAAUCAUGAGCCUCACAGCUGUUUACAGCUGGAAGGAAACCACAGUGACUGAAAUAUCCAAUCAUUCUUAGCUGAAAAGGGGAUACUGCAGCCAGACUGUUUGGGUGACCAGUGUAAUUAUGUGUUUGACUAAACUGUGAAUAUUGUUCUUGAAAAUGCUUGAAGAAUGAAAAAGAAUAUAUGACUUAUAUUUUAUGUAUAUGCAUAGUGUGUAUAUACACAAAUACAUGAUUAUAAUGCAGAUAUUUAUUGUUAAUUUAUGUAUAUAGAAAAACUUAACAGAGCUCUAGCAUGGAGAAAUUUGAGGGGAAAAGAAGUGUUUAGCCUGUGGCCUCGAGAGUGUUGCCUUGACAUGUCUGUGACAUGUCAAGGCUGAAAUGUGCACUUUCCUACACAUGUUCAUCUUCCUUCAUUUCGUAACGCAUGUAGACUAGCAUUGCCGAACUGCCUUUUUUUGUGCUCACACAUCUGGACAUAGCCUUGCAUUUAGCCUCCCAGCCUUCCGUUUACAGCUGGCGCCAUUAGGACAGUCCUGCCAUCAAAGCCAUUACCAGUUGGGGGCAUGUCGUGCUGGCAACCGCUCAGUUUCUAUUGGACAGCGUGCCCAGUAUCAGGGGGACCGCCCCCACUCUGUCUCAAAACGCUUAAAAACUACCCGAGGUUCAUCAUUGAGUCUCUGAUCACAGUGAGAACGUUCCGAAUUAAUAUGGCCUCUUCAUCCCGCCAUUUUCCAACAUGCUCUUGUGCCCUUUUUUUCUUUUUUCCUCUCUCUACUUGGUUCCAUUCCCCACUGUGCUUAUAGUUUCAGACCCUGCAAAUGUUGCUUGAGAAGGGCCUAUUCACCAGUCUGUUUGAAUUUUGGCAAGAUACGAUUUGUUUUUUGCAAAAUCAGUCCAGGCAGACUUUGUGCUAGUCGCAGUAUUGGAAAUAUGUGCUCUCCACAGAACACCCCUUAAACCCCCACUGAUUAAUUUUGUGUGAUGAUGCCAGGAAAUGUGAACAGUUGUUUUUAUUGUGAAUGUGAAAUCAAAACUAUUUUAAGAAAACGUAUUGCUUUUUCUUCACUGGUGAAUUUGGUUUUGACCACAAACUGCAUGUAAACAGAUCCACUUGACACUAGAAGGGGUUGUUGGGACAGCCAGUGGAGUCUUGCUGUUUUGGGUUAAAUGCAAUCUCUGAUGUCCGUAGAAGGGAAGGCUGCUUGUUCAACCAGAGAGGGUUUCCUUUGCAUCAGGAAUCCUGUGUCCAACCAUAAAUGGAGGGGUUAGCAGAGUGGUUGGUGUACACUCUGAGAUGUGUUCGCCUCCUUCACAAUUUGUGCUUUCAUAUUGUACUCAAUGUCUUGCUCCAGUUGUAGAGACAUCUAGAUCAUGAUGUGUACUAUAUCCUUUAAAAGGAGCAUAUGUUCCAAAAGUAAAAUCCAGUCCCAUAGCAGCGUGAAGCUUCUCAAAAUGACUCCGACAGGAAAUUAGCGCCUCGGAAAAAUGUGACACCUUAAGAUUGAUGCUAAUGCAGGCACGUCGGUUCAUUGUGCUUUGUCCCAAAUGCAAUAAAUAAAUGACUAAAUAUAGACAUAAACAGUGUCAAUACAAGCAAGACUGAAUCAAACAUGGAGCAGAAAUUGGUGAAAUAUAGCCUGAUGUGAUUAGUGCUUCCUCUUGUUCAGUGAAUUGGAUGUUUUUUGAUGUUGAGGACAAUUGAUGCAGAACGCAACCUCUCUGGUGUCAGCUCUCAGUCUGCCUUUUUACACUUUUGCUUCUGGGUCUGUUUAACAGCAUCAUGUAAACGGGAUCCUUUCUUGACGUGUUGAGUGACUGGGACAAUGAAAAUGUAUUUAUAUGCGUCAUUACGUAUUCCAGGUCACUACUGCAAUCAGCAAUUCAUCUUGGGUUUGGAAGCGAGAGUAGUAGGCCUAGUUGUGUAGAUUUUUUUUAAAAUCUGUGCAGCAUUCUCCUUUAGUCAAUAUCAUAAUGAAAGCCAAAUCUUUUCUGUCUGCCCCCCUCUCAUCCCACCCCAAAGAUUUUUCACCGAGUUGACUUCAUGGUUGCUGACGCUUUUAAUCUGGCCAUCCCGUCAAUCUCCUGUCAACAACGCUUCUCCGUAAAAGAGGCAACUCGGCGGCCACGAAUGUAACCACGAGCACGAAGAAAGAUUAAACGAGUGCACUUUAUCCACCUUCGGGAGGAAGAAAGAGGGAGCGCUGAGAUGUACAGUAUGCGCCGUUAAACGAGGAGGCCGCGGGCGUUUUAAUGAGUACGGUAUUGCCCUCCUUACCGAAUGGCUGUGCACUCUGCUGGCUGUUAGCGAUUUAUGACUAAGUAACGGCGGAAACGGUGACAUCGGGGAAUUUGUAAAUCCUGUUGCUGCGUAGUUCAAAAACGAGUCGGCGCAUGAGCAUCCGCCACAGAAUGUAACAUUGCACCCUAGAGGUAGAACCGCAGUUAGAAGCCGACGCGCGGAAUAGAACAAAGAACAAAUCGAUACGGUGAAUAUGCCUAAUUAAUGGCCUGGUAUUGAUGAUUAAUGAUAAGACCAUGACGACUCUCACCUCAAACACCUGUGCGUUCAGACGUGUAUUUCAUAUUAAUUUUAAUGCAUUUACCUUGAGUAUCCAGAUAGUAUUGAGGAAUCUCCGAUUACAAUAUUAAUUUUAUUUAAAAUAGCACAGGAACAUAAAUAAGUAUUAAGCUUUUUUUUAUAAUAAUGGUAGCAAUCAGUAGUCACAAUGGCCAGUGUUGAACCCUUAGGGAUGUGUAGGCAUGAUGGUAUUGGGAGUUCUCUCUCUAAUCAGAAACUGUUAUUCCGUGAAUCCGUUACAAAUGAAAUGUAGAGGGGUGCUGUAUUAAAAGCAGCCCAUGCCUCUGUAUUAAUAUAACUCAAUUUUCUCAAGCACUGACAUGAUUCAUAAUGAGCAUCUGAUGUUAUGGUCCCAAGGUAAUUACACUGUAAUAAUGAAAGAGUGUGACGAAUGCCUGAGAGUGCUGGGUACCUGCUGAGUAAGUGCAACUUAUUGCGUCAUGAUGCCUGCCUGCCGAUCAGUGCGUACCAGGCGACAUGCAGAGGGCCGCAGUUCAGACCAUGGCGCUCAGAGAUUGGGGGGGGGGCAGUGGUGUGUCGGUAGCGGGGGGCAUGGAGUGGAUCAGUUCUACGCUUGCUUUGACGUGAAACAGAAUGGGGUUUGCGGUGUGCGGUGUGCAGACUUUGCAAGAGAAAUUGUGUUGACCUUUCUGCUUUUCAAAAGAGACAGUGGGACAUGAAAUCUGUAUCCCCUUGAUUAUCCUUUGAAUCUGAAGUUCUGAAUAGCACUGGUUGGAAAUGUUUCUGUUUUAUAGAAAUUAUCACUUUUGCAAUCACGUUUAUGUUCAGUACACUUUAUGAUACACCAAGACUAUACAACACAUAAAACUAUAAAUAUAUUUACAUAUAUAUUUAUAUAUAUAUAUAUAUAUAUAUGAAAGUGUGAUUGAUGAAAUGCUUUAAAACCAGUUCAUUGUUCUUGUCUAUAAUAUACCAUCUGAACUCAGAUAAUGAAAACAAAUUUAUUUUAUUUUACCUUUUUUGUUCAUUUCUGCUACUGUCUGUAAGGCAUUCGGUAUUGCAAGGAGUAAUUGAGUGUUUGUGGCAGCAAAAAGUCAAAUGAACCACCUUAUAAUCCUGGCCGAACAAAUGUUUAAAUGUUGGCCACUUAAUUAGAAAAAGGUAGCGCGAAAUUGGCAAAUUUAAUUUCACUAAAGAAUAACUAAUGUGAUCAGUCUGGUGACUGGACAGGAGAGCAAAUGUUCUGGAAGGGCUAUUUAUUCACUUUAAAUAUUGUUUAUUUUCAGAAUACAUUUUCAAGCCAUUUUCUGAACAUUUGCAGACAUUUUGAUUUGAUUGUUAAAUAAAUUGCGACUCAGAUUGUGUAAAUCCUAAUUUACAACAUUUUGGAAAAGACAAAGCUGACUGGUCAGUUUGAUUAUUGUGUACAUUGGAGAUAUUCCGGAGCUUCUCUGUUUCAGAUGCAUUUCCAUGGUAACCUACGAUUCCAGGUGCUGUCUUAUAUGAAACACUCUGUUGACACCAUCAUUCCAUCUUUCCCAGCAUACCCAAACACACACAUCCUCAUCUGCUUUUAGACACAUGCACACACAUACACAAACGCCUAUACCUACAAGCACUUGCAUACUCUCAUACAAACACACAUAUGCACAUACAUACAUUUCUGACAUGGCAACAUUAACUGGUUUGUGUGCAGAACAAAACUUUUUUUUUUUUGUUGGUACCAGCUUGAUCUAUAGAGACAUAGUUAUAAAUCAGAUACAUGCAUACACUGUAUGUAUAUGCUGAGAACAUAAAUGGAAUCAUGUCGAGAAGAGAAUAAAUCUGUGCUGUGCACAGGUUUUGCUCCACUGAAUAUCAACCAGAGACAGAAACAUUCUGCUUUCAGGGUUGUGUGCGGUAAAAAAGAGAGGUGUGAAUAAAAUGGAUUGAACAAA